UGGCGACUACGAUCUCUUUGGCUUCAUUGUUACGUCUUGUAGCAAGUUUUGGAUCUUUCUCUUCAAUGAUAGGGAAGGGAUUUCAUUCCAACUUACUUGUUGAAACAGCAAAGAUCUUAUUUUUCAUAUCGCUGCGCUCUCUAGCGCUCUUUGCACAAGACGCAAUCAUAGCGAGAGUUAUAACAGAAUUUCAAGUAUCUCUGCGAAGAGAUUUGUUCAGUAGACUUUUAUAUCGAGACACAGUCUUUUAUUACAAUGUUAGUUGUGGAAAUCUACUAUACUCUUGCACUUCUGCUGUCGAAAGAGUAUCAAAACUUCUGUAUAGUUUACUUCAUAGCUUUAUACCUAGUUUUGUUCAGUUUUGUGGAGUUCUUGUCUACAUGUUCUUUAUGAGUCCACCUCUUACUCUGUCACUAAUUGGUACGAUGCCCUUGAUGCUAACGACAUACAACCUUCUGGAGAGAGUAUUAUUGAAUUCUACUAAGAGAUUGCAGGAGACUGCAGGAGCUUUGUCUUCCUUACUGUCGGAUACUUUUCGGAACAUUCGUCUCAUUCAGAGUUACGGAGCUCAAAAAUACAUGCUCGAAUAUAAACUGAAAAAUAUUUUGACCCAGUUGAAAUCACAAAGCUAUCAAUUUGAAUAUUCCAAAGCAGCGAUUGUUCCCAUAAUUACAAUCUCCUAUGCCCUAUCUGUAUUGGUAUUGCUGUUAAUGAGUGCUUAUCUUGUUGGAAGAGGCUCUUUAUCCUCAACUACUUUAAUAACUUUUGUGAGUUCGAUCGCAUUUUUGAUUGAGCCACUGCAAGUCAUUGCUAGUAACGCUGUAGAACUUCGUAAUGGAGAAGUUGCAUGGGAACUUAUUCGUGGAUUCUUACACGCAAGACCGCAAGUAGCAGAUAUUGGAACAGAUGAGCCUCAGAACGUCAAGGGUCAUGUGGAGUUCCGAAACGUUUGUUUUUCUUAUUCAAUGGAGAAGCAUGUAUCCAAUGAAACUGAUUAUGUGCUUUCACACAUUCAGUUUAAUGUACCCGCAGGUAACUCGGUUGCAAUUAUUGGUCAUUCAGGUUCAGGAAAGACAACUUUGUUGGAAUUGCUCUCUCGCUUUUAUGAUCCUCUCCGUGGUUCUAUUUUAAUCGAUGGCGUAGAUUGUCGAAAUAUGAAGUUGGCUUCGUUAAGGAAGCUUAUAGGAUUUGUCCCUCAGGAUGCUCCAUUGAUUUCUGGUACUAUACUUGAAAACAUUGCUCUUGGUGAGAUUCAUAUUGAUAUGAAUCGAGUAUAUUAUGCAGCCAAAGCAGCGAAUGCCUGGGACUUUAUAUCUGAACUAGAAGGUGGUUUUUCCUACGACGUUGGAGAAGGUGGAUGUCGUCUCUCGGGAGGACAGAAACAAAGAAUCGCCAUUGCAAGAGCAGUUUAUACAGAUCCUCGCAUACUCGUGUUUGAUGAAGCCACUUCGUCUUUGGAUGCAGAAAGUGAAGCCGCCAUUCAAUCAGCUUUGCAAGUUAUUGCAAAAAAUCGUACCGUAUUUAUAGUGGCUCACAGACUUUCUACUAUACAAUCAGUUGAUUUAAUUGUCGUUUUAGAAAAGGGUAGAAUAAUUGAGUUUGGAACACCUAGCGAACUUCUAAAAAAGAACGGAAAAUAUGCAGAAAUGUUAAAGGCACAGUUUUCGGAAGCUUCCAUUGUUGAAGGAAGUUUUUGGUAAAUUCGUCGUCGAAAACGUUUAUAUU